AUGAACAAACAAACUUUCUAUGGGCCAUGGGGCUCUUUUCUUGCAUAUGGCACAUGCAAGCAAGCAAACCAGUGCAAACAACUGGUCUUUUCAAAACAUGAUAUUGUCAUCUCUUUCUUAGUGCCAGCUUGGUGCCAGCUCCAAUGUUUAUAUACAUAACUAUGUAGCGCUAUAGCUCUUGAACACUGUUUCCUUUGUUAC